CGGGCUCCGCCUGGGGAGAUGCUCUGUCUGGAGACCCUGCGCGCCGGGCUGGACCAGGCUGCUCUGCAGACAUUUUACCCUGUUUCCCACCCUUCCUGCGCUGGAGACCGCGAGAUCCCAUUCCUCUUCCCUGUAUCAUCUUGUUUCUAAUUGUAAGUCAUGGGGGAUGAAGAUAAAGUCAUUGAACAUGAAGAUUUGGAACCAUCCUCAGGAAUGGAUCACACAGCUUCUGCGUAUCAAGAAAUACAGGAGGAAACAGUUAUGAACUCCAAAGCAACAGACGCCAAAGAACCAACAGAAGGAAGUAACCUCCUGAAUAGCCGUGGAAAAAAGCUACAAAAAAUACCAACUGAAUCAAAUAAUUUACAAAGACUAAGACAAACUUUUUCUUGUCCCCCACAUGGUUUUCUGGAUAGAGGAAUAACAAAUGUUACCAUGGUUGUUGUUCUCUGGGCUGUAGUUUGGUCAAUUACUGGCAGCGAAUGUCUUCCUGGAGGAAACCUAUUUGGAAUUAUAAUCCUAUUCUAUUGUGCCAUCGUUGGAGGUAAACUUUUGGGGCUCAUUAAGUUACCUACAUUGCCUCCACUGCCUCGUCUUCUAGGCAUGCUGCUUGCUGGGUUUCUUCUCAGGAAUAUCCCUGUCAUCAGUGAUAACAUACAGACCAAGCACAAGUGGUCUUCUGCUUUAAGAAGCAUAGCCCUGUCUGUCAUAUUGGUCCGUGCUGGCCUUGGACUUGAUUCAAAGGCCCUGAAGAAGUUGAAGGGUGUUUGUGUAAGAUUAUCCAUGGGUCCUUGCCUGGUGGAGGCGUGCACGUCUGCUCUUCUUGCCCACUUCCUAAUGGGUUUACCAUGGCAAUGGGGAUUUAUACUGGGUUUUGUUUUAGGUGCUGUAUCUCCAGCUGUCGUGGUACCCUCAAUGCUCCUUUUGCAGGAAGGAGGCUAUGGGGUUGAAAAAGGCAUCCCGACCUUACUCAUGGCUGCUGGCAGCUUCGAUGACAUUCUGGCUAUCACUGGCUUCAACACAUGCUUGGGCAUGGCCUUUUCCACAGGUUCCACAGUUUUUAACAUUCUCAGAGGAAUCUUAGAAGUGGUAAUUGGUGUGGCAGCUGGAUCUCUUCUUGGAUUUUUUAUUCAGUACUUUCCAAGCAGUGACCAGGACAAACUCGUGUGGAAGAGAGCAUUCCUUGUUUUGGGGCUGUCCGUGCUAGCUGUGUUCAGCAGCGUGUAUUUUGGUUUCCCUGGGUCGGGAGGACUGUGCACAUUGGUCAUGUCCUUCCUUGCAGGCUUGAGAUGGGCCAGCGAAAAGGCAGAGGUUGAAAAAAUUAUUGCAGGUGCCUGGUACAUUUUUCAGCCCCUUCUCUUCGGACUGAUUGGAGCAGAAGUAUCUAUUGCAUCUCUCAGACCAGAAACUGUAGGCCUUUGUGUUGCCAUCCUGGGCAUUGCAGUAUUGAUAAGAAUUUUGACUACAUUUCUGAUGGUGUGUUUUGCUGGUUUUAACAUCAAGGAAAAGAUAUUUAUUUCUUUUGCAUGGCUUCCUAAGGCCACAGUCCAGGCUGCCAUAGGAUCUGUGGCUUUGGACACAGCAAGAUCACAUGGAGAGAAACAGUUAGAAGAAUAUGGAAUGGAUGUGUUGACAGUGGCAUUUUUGUCCAUCAUCAUCACAGCCCCAAUUGGAAGUUUACUCAUUGGUUUGCUGGGUCCCAGGCUUCUCCGGAGAGCUGAACAUCAAAAUAAAGGUGAAGAAGUUCAGGAAGAGACCUCUAUACAAGUUUAGAGGUGAAGAGACAAGGCUGAGCGUAAUGAUUAGAAAGCUGCUGCCAGAAACUUCUUUUUACCAACUAGCGAAGUCUAUGUUAUCUAGAUGCAUAUUGAGAUAAGUAAUGUUUAAGCUUUAAAUGUAAUAGAACCAAAAGUGUAGCUAUUUCUUUAAAGAGCAUUUUUAGCCGUCCUUUCCAUGUCGGUGGUAAUAUUCUACAUCUCCAACCUAAUUUCUUGACCUCUCGCUUUU